AUGGCCGACGCAAAGAUCCAGGAUCUUUUGAACAAGCCUCGCAACGAUCUCACUGAAUAUGAAAUCGCGCUUGUCGAAGAGCAUGAGCUCACUGCCGGACCUCUCUCUCUGCUUCAAACUGCCACGCGCACCCACACACAAGUACUGAUUUCUUGCCGCAACAACCGCAAGCUCCUCGCCCGAGUCAAAGCCUUUGAUCGCCACUGCAACAUGGUACUGGAGAAUGUCAAGGAGAUGUGGACGGAAAAACCCAAGGGUGGCAAGGGCCGCGGGGUAAACAAGGAUCGCUUUAUCAGCAAGAUGUAA